UCAUGCAUUGUAAAGAUCACAAGAUUUGGUAUGAAGACUACAUGAAAGAAAAAGAUGUGGCUGCUGCAGUUGAUGAAACUCGUGAGGAAAUUGCCUUGAGAGAUAAGACCGUCUUUGUUGCCAAUCUCUCUCUCGCCAUUGGAAAAUCACAUAUCGUCAAUUUCUUCAAAGAUGUUGGACAAGUUGUUAGUGUUCGACUUAUUGUAGACCAAAAGGGUGAGCGUGUGGGCUGUGGCUUUGUUGAGUUUGCUUCUGCGUACGAAGCAACAAUGGCUGUGCAAGAGAAGAAUGGUCCUAAGCUUUUUGUUAGCGUGGCUGAGAUAGCUCGUCAGUACCCUUUCCGACCUAAGUACAACCUUGAAGAUAGGCUUUGGUACGAAUACAACCUUCUACAAGAAAACCUUGAUUCAGAGAUCAAAUUUAACCAGGAAAAUCAGAAGACAGUAUUCAGCGGUCGGAAGACAACCUUAUCUGAUGUCAAUUGAUAGAAGCUUAAUGGUUGUUUUAAACUUGUGAUAUGAUGCAAUUUAUCACCUUUUAUUUACUACCAAUCCGAUUUUUAUUUUUGUAAUGAAAGAAUUGCUCUGAUAUCUUUCGGUAUUUUAAGCACUUCUUCUUUUCAUAGUAAAAAAAAAAAACAAAAUCACAAUAUAAAAGGAAAGAACAAGAAAAAAAAAGAAA